AUUUAUUCCACAGUUUCUGCCAGACAGACUAACGUUUUUUCUUAGCACGGAAUAAAUUGGUAAAUAAUACUUUGCAUUUUUUGGUUCUUUAAAAGCUUUUUAUUAAUUUUGUAGCUAAAAAUGGCAUCCAAAAAGCAAAGCAGGUGGAACGAGGCACUGGUAACCACGAAGACUAACAAACCUGUGCAGAAGGACCGAGAAAAUGAGGUUAGAGCGUGUGUUGGAGGUAAACAGAACUCCAGCAGCGCCCCUAAAUCCAGUGGGAAGAGCAGCAAAGGAUGUGACUCGACAGCUGGUGGUAAAGUUGUUGGUAACAGAGGCAGGGUCAGCCACCAGGCUACCAGACCAUCAUCGCAGCCAGCAAAACCAGCUCUCCGCCUGCGGAGCAGCCGCAGCUUUUCCUCGCUCCAAGCCUCUUCUUUCACCGCCACUCCGUUCAUGAGAAGCAGCCGCUCACUCAGCCGACUUGAUAAAAAAUCCGCUGAAAAUACAUACAACACUAACGCAAGUUCACAAGUAAGAAAAGGACAAGGUCCAGGGAGGACAACACUGGAUUCUAGCAAGCUGUUAUCUUCCGUGGAGAGAAUAAGCAGCUUCACUCAGCUGCAACCACCUUCCUCCUCUGUGGUCUCCACUGCUAUAUGUCAUCCUCAGACCACCAAAGAAAAGAAGCAGAUCAAAGAUGGGGUGUACACACUGUGUGCAAUGACCGCUGGGGUGAAACGCAACUGGGUUCAAGCUGUUUUUAAAAAUGUGCAGCUCAAUCAUACACAACGCGACGCAAGCUCCCUUGCAGAAAGUAAAGAAGAUGAUCUGGAAGACUGUGAAGAGUCACGCGAAUGCCAGCAAGAACUGACGUCCCCACAGCAUAUAGAAGGAGCACAAAGCCUGGCUGAUUUAGACUCGUCAUCCUCUCGUCCACCUGUUUCACCCUCUCCUCCACAUGUGCCAACACCUGCAAAUCUUCCACAGCAGGUGGAGGAGACUGAUGAAGCUCAGACUGUGGAAACCACCAAGACUGCAGGUGUGAUAGACGCAUCCAUAUCUUUUGAAGGAUUCCAGAGUGACAUCUCUUCUUCCACGGUGGUGCUGUCAGAUGGUGAAGAUUUCAAGGAACAUACAGAUACCGAGACGGCAGCUGAGCAACCGAGUUCACAGGAAUGUGAAACUAAGCCGCAGAAGGAAGAGCAACAGGUAUCGGUGAAUCCCAUGUGUGCAAAGGACCAGGAAGCACUACAAACAGGGCAACUUGUCAAAGAGCUACAACAAACACAAAGAGAACUAUCACGAAUUCAACAAAUAAACAAGAAUCUGCAGGACGAGCUACAACAAGAAAGAGAGAAUAAUUCAGGGAAACUUCUUUGUGCACAGGACAUCAACUCAUCUCCAAAGCAAGCCUUAACUUUCCAGCAAUUGCAGAGAAUAAAUCACAAUCUCUGCAUGGAGAUUGAGGAACUGAAGAGGAGUCAGGAGGAGGCCAGGGAGGCAGAGCUUCGACGUAGAGUCGACCUCUUGGCCCAGCAAGCACAGCUGCUGGUUACAGGGGACGCCACGGCGCUCGCUCAAAUGCAUCUGGAUCAGGAUCGGCAGCGGUUCCUGGAGCAGCAGCAGGAGUGGGAGCACCGUGUGGCCUCCCUGGAGGACCAGUUGAACAUCAGUGAAGAGAAGAGGAGGGAGACACAAUCCCAGGUGGUCCAGCUGCAGCAGGAGCUGCAGGGCCAACAGAGCCUCCAACAGGAGGCCGAACAGCUGCAGAAACACCUCCAAGAGAUGUCAGCUCAGCUUCGUACUUAUGAGGAUGCUCAGGCGGAGAAAGAGGCCCGGUUGCAGAAACACCUCUUGCUCCUCCAGGCGAGUCAGGAGAGAGAAAGAAGGAGCCUGGCUGCCAGCCUGGCUCAGGCUGAGGGACAUUCCCAGGACCUGCGGAACAAACUGGAAAGGGCCGAGCAGCAGCUGGAGAGCCAAACCAAGACUAAGAUGUGGACCAGGCAAAUCGAAGAGGCGCAACAGCAACUGCAGCAGGAGUUGGCAUGUACAGUAUCAGCCAUGCAGCGCCUGCAGAAAGAACGGGAGCAGUUAGACCAUCGCUGUCAGGAGCUGCAGAGCCAGCUGUCAGAGGCUGACAGGGAGGUGGGCAGGCUGCAGGAUCGGCUGAAAACAGAAGAGACACACUACUACAACCUGGAGCACUCAUAUGAGAAAGUCUGUGAGGAGCUGCAGGUGGCACUGGGCAAGGUGCAGCAGAGGGAGUCUGAAACACAGGACAUUCGGGAAGGCUAUGAAAGACUGCUGGACAGGAAGGAGCAGGAACUGAGUGAGGUGCUGCUGAAAAUGGAGGUCUUGGGUAACAGCUUAGAGGAGACAGAAGUGAAAUUGAGCGAAGUGAUGAGAGUUUGCACCUGUUCUUCUCCUAAGCUGAAGGAUAAAGACAGACAACCAACACUUGAGCCUCCAAGCUCUCUGUUGAUGAAGGUCUUCCAAGGAAACGACAGCAAUUCUCUGGAACAUGCAAGAACCCGUUCUCGCUCAGUGGAUGCAUCGUGCCAAUACAUUACCGCUGCCGGAGAUGAUCCAGAAAGAUUCAUGACUGUAAUCCAGCUGCUUGAAACUAAGCUGUUCAUCACCGAGGAAAAACUGAGAGACAUCACUCAGAGACUGGAGGAGCACCAGGGUCACGUCAGCUGCCAGGACCCCCACCUGUGGUCCCAGCUGACCCAGAGCCGCGCUGCGGCCCAGCACCUCAGCCUGCUACUCCACAGUCAGGCCAAGCAGAACCAGCGCUUCGCCCAGGAGACAGAGUGCUGCUGCAGGAUGCUAGUCGGAAGGUUUCAGGUGGCUCUGAACGUGGUCCAGGCCUGCAUGGAGAGACUUCAGGCCACUCCCGUCAACAUCCCCGACAUCGAGAGGCAUCUGGCCGGGGUCGCUGUCUGCCUUCAAAAAGGGGAGAAAGAGGCAGAGAGACUUCAGCAGGAAUCACGCAGUGCAAGCAAAGAAGAGGGCAAGAUCCUCAAUGAUGAGAAAUUAGCUGGAGUUGAAAGAGACAUUGUUUCUAAAUUUACCAACACCCAACCCUCACAUGAUAUGUCAGAUGUUGGGAAGUAUUUGAUCAAGGAGCUGUUUGUUGUAGAGAAAAUGGUUUCUGUCUUGCAGAAUCAAAAUGGGAUUUGUGAGUUAUCUGCAGUGAAAAAAGAGGAUAAAGGUGAUGUGGUUCAUAGUUACAAAAACUUCAUCUCUCAAAUCUUGAGCCUAAAAGCUGAAGAAAGGAUGGAGUCUAGGAGAACCGAAUGCGACAGCGAUCAGCUUCUAGAGAGCGUGAUUGGAAGGUUCUGUGCUGAAGCUGAGCUCAUUUACGCUGCUUUAAAACUUCAGCAACAGAGCGUGACUCAAGUGAACGGUCAUGAUCAAAGGGAAGGCCUGGCAGAUAUCAGCCCCUCUGAGUUGUCUUCUUAUGAGGAGCAAGUUAAAGGUUCAGACGAAGCUGUAAAAAAGUUGGGGGAAGCGAGAGAAAGAGGUUUGUUAGAGCGAAUUGUGUCUCGGCUGCAAAAGCGAGCUAAAUUCUUAAGCCAGGUUUGCCAGGAGCUUUCAGAUAACCACACACAGGUCCAAGAAGGUAUAAACCACAGUGGGGACAAUGUUUCUGAAGCUGAUCUGAUGUUUUUCCAGGAGCAGGUGAAGUUGAUUUAUUUAUCUGACAGGCUUUAUUCAGACAUAAAUCAAGAGUUUCAGCAAAGCAAGGCAUCACAGAACAAUCCCCAAGAUCUUUGCAAAGAGCAGGAGCUCAGCUGCUUGAUGCAUGAGCAGGAGGUGUUAAACGAUGCCUUAAACCAGCUUCAGGAGGACAACAGUGUACUGAGAGAGGAAUUGGAGCGAGCUACGCAGAAGAUAAUGUCAGUGGAUAUUGGAAACCAAAGACUCCUGGAAGACAUGCAGAAAAUUGAGGAUUAUCACAAGGAACAGAGACAGAAACUGGAAGCAGAGUUUCAAGAGAAGAUAAAGGAACUGCAACAGAUCCAUGAGGAGGAAAUGAAGCAGUUGCAUGGCUACUACUCCAAAUCUGGUGUUUGUAAAGAAAGACAGAACCAAUUCUGCACAGAGGAGGUUCCUCCUUUAACAGGAGGUACCUCCUCUGUGCCUGACCAGGCUGUCUCAGAGAGUAACGUAAAGGAGUUCAAAACCAUAGAAGCCGAUGGAGUCACUGUGAGAGAAGCUUACCUGAAAGAUCUGGAAAAGCUGCAGGCUUCAUGUGAUCUUGAGUUUGCUGCAAUGGAAGGAAUGCACAAGAAGGUUAUAAAGGACCUUCAGCAGGAGCAUCAAAAGCAGGUGGCUGAACUCCUGAAGGAGAAAGACCAGCUCCUGCAGGAGGAGACAGCUGCUACUAUGUCGGCCAUCGUAGCAUUGCGGCGAGCCCAUAAAAAGGAGCUAGAGAGAAGCAGACAAACUCAGCAGAUCAGGGAGAGUGGAGACAUCACUGAGCUCCAUGUGGAAUAUGAGAAGGAGAUCCAAUUAUUGCAGAGGGAGCUGGAGGUGCUGUCAGAUCAGCACACGAAGAAAUGCCUGGAAAACUCUCAGCUGAGCCAAGAGCUGCAGAAUGAGAGGGAAUCAGUGAUGCAGUACCAGAGAGAAAACCAGGAACUCAAACAGAAGAGAGAGCCAGAAGAAGUGACUCGGCUUCCAGGAAACCCAGCUCAGGUCGAUAACUUCUACCAGAUGGAAAUGACUCUGAGGGCAAAGGAGGCAGAGAUGCAGCAUCUCAGAGAGGAAGCUCUCUCUCUCAGGGGGGACUUGGAGCUUGCUCGAAUGGACAAAGUUUAUGCUGAGAAUAAACUGAAGGCCCUCCAUACAAACAACUACAAUGAAGCCAAGUUUGCCACUUGGUCUCCAAGCAGAGAUACUUCAGGGCACCGUGUUGAGGAUUCUGUGACACACAACCCAGCUAUCAAAAAGAAAGAGAAAUCAUCCUUCUUGCGUCAAAUACGGGGGUUCAGAUCAAGGAGUUUAAAAGACGGCCUUUCUACCCAAGAGAGGAAGAAGUUGUUUGAGUCAUCCUAAAUUUACAGGAGGUGACCUGACGUCACAGGAAAUCUGUGUAAUGUUUGGGUGUUUGUGUACAAAGAGACAUUUGUGUUGGUCUUCAGUGGACAUGUAUGUUAUGUUUAACUUUGAUUUGUUGUGGUUUGGAGUUUGACUUAAAGGUGUGACCACUAGAGGGAGCAAGAAACAGGCUUUUUUUGAUGAAGAUGCAGUGCUGGUAAACAUAUGCUCUGUCAGGUGAAAAUUGUACUGUAUAUAUAUUGGUUUCUUAUAUUUCACAUGGAUUUUGUAAAUUAUAGUCUUAGCGCUGAUGUUUACAUUAAAAUUGUUUAUUGCG